CCUAAGAGACGCAGCGGGACCCGAGAGCUGAAGAUGGCCUGCGCGCGGCUCCUGAUUUCGCUCGUGCUGCUGGUCGCUCUACAGCGCGCGGCGGGCUUCUGGCUCUUUAACGUCAUCUUCCCGCCGAACGCCAAGCCCCAGCACGUGCCCAGCAACAGCACCCCACCUCUGAUUUUGGUACCGGGGAACCUGGGAAACCAGCUGGAGGCCAAGGUGGACAAACCCCGCCUGGUGCACUGGAUGUGUUAUAAGAAGACGGACCACUUCUUCACCAUUUGGAUUGACCUCAACAUGUUCAUGCCCGUUGGUGUUGAUUGCUGGAUUGACAACAUCAGGAUUGUGUAUAACAGGACAACACGCAAGACCUCCAAUUCUCCAGGUGUGGAGGUGAAGGUACCGGGGUUUGGGCAGACAUAUCCAGUGGAGUUCCUGGACACCAACAAACUCACAGGGUACCUUCACACUAUGGUACAGCACUUGGUGAACGCAGGGUAUGUUCGCGAUGAGACCGUCCGAGGAGCACCUUAUGACUGGAGGAUUGCCCCCAAUGAGCAGGAGAAGUACUUUGGACGGCUUAAGGCCAUGGUGGAGGAGAUGUAUGAAGAGUACCAACAGCCGGUUCAUCUGCUUGGGCACAGCAUGGGAUGUAACUACAUCCUGUACUUUCUGAACCGUCAGUCCCAGGCCUGGAAGGAGCGCUACAUCAAGAGCUUCAUAGCGCUGGGUGCGCCCUGGGGAGGGGCAGUCAAAUCCCUCAGAGUGCUGGCGUCAGAGAUAUCUGAACAUAGGAUCCAUCCUUUUGGUGCCCCUCCAUCAUCAUCAGGUGAAAAUGAUGGAAUCCCGUUCGUAUCCAACAUCAAGAUCCGUGAGAAACAGCGAAUGACUACUACCAAUCCUUGGAUUAUCCCUUCAGAAAUGGCCUGGCCCGAGGACCACGUCUUCAUCUCCACUCCGUCCUUCAACUACACCAUCCGGGACUACAAACGCUUUUUCCAGGACAUCAACUUUGAGGAUGGGUGGUACAUGUGGAAAGACACCAAGGACCUAACAGCCGGCCUGCCCCCACCAGGUGUGGAGGUGUACUGCAUGUACGGGGUGGGGCUUCCCACGCCAGUCACCUACGUGUAUGACCAGCAGUUCCCGGACGCAGACCCAGUGGACAUCUUAUACGACGAUGGCGACGACACAGUGGACAGCCGCAGUAUGAGUCUCUGCAAACGCUGGGUUGGCCGGCAGCAGCAGCCGGUGCACGUCAUAGAGUUCCAAGGCAUGCCCCACUUGGACAUUGUCUUCCACAACAAGGUGCUCACCCUAAUCCAGAACAUCCUAGAGGGAAAACCGUGGCCGUCAGAGCAACCUCCCAGCCCCGCUUCAGCACAAUUUGAUCAGUCCCCCAUCCCUAGCCCCACACAGCUGGACCAGACAUCAUCUCCCACGCCAAAUUCUGCAGAUAAGGAGAAGGGGCUAUAAUUAUUAGCCAUCCACAUAGGCUGUGAGACUCAAACACAAUGCUCCUGGGAUGUACUUGUACAUCUGAAUGCAGUUUUUGUUGCUCCAUUGCAAAGUUACAGGACAGUAACCACAUCCCUUUGUCUCUUCAUGUUUUCUAAUUAUAUUAGCCAUGUUCAAAUUCCACAUAGGUGUUAUGCAUUGAUAUCUAGUAUUAAUAUAUUUACCGAUAUAAUGUGUGUAGUUAUCAGAGAAGGUUAAGCUUAGAGUUUUCUAGGAAUUAGGAAAGUUUUUUUAAACAACUGGCAAAACCAUGUUUCUUCUUCUGUAUGAACAUUUGAUCUGUUGUUGUUGUGAACUAAUUUGCAGCGUUUAUGAUUGUAGAAUUGAUUACAUAAAUAUUUUAAUAGAUAAAAUAAUGUUAAUCAAUAAAACAUUUUAGUUGCUGCCGUUUC